AGAAUAGCUGACAUGCGUCGACCUCUGUGAAUAGACUAACAAAAUAUUAUUUACUUUCCACGCCAUGCACGGCAAAACAUCGCAUCGUGUCGAAAAGGGCGCCCCGGCGACAGCGGUGGGAGCUGCGGUUUGCCAGAGUAGUGUGCAUGUGUGGGCUGAAUGAUGGAGGAAGUCCAAGAAUUAGAUGUUGAACUGCUAAUCAGCUUAGUAAAGGACAGGCCAGUUCUCUGGGAUAAAAGCCUCGAUGAAUACAAGUCCCGAGCAGAAACCACAGCAGCGUGGAGGGAGGUAUGCAAUGUAUUGAAUGAAGACUUUGAGUAUCUCAGUGAUGAAGCUAAAAUCAAGUAUGGUAAACUUAUCUCUACAAAGUGGACUAAUGUUCGAGACUGCUACCAAAAAUAUUUAAAGAAGCUCCAAGAAAAGAAGAAAACAGGAUCCAAGGCAAAAUCCUUCAAAAAAUAUGUUUAUAGUGACCAGAUGUCAUUCCUGCAGAAGAACAACAUGAGAAAGGAAAUGGUUCCAAGUGUGGAAGUUAACAGAGAAGAACUUGAUGACAGUGAACAUGGGAUCAACAAUCCUGAAGGCAGACCUUUUGUGAAGAAAUGGACCAACAACAUCAGUGACAGCUGGCCGAGCACACAAAGGAAGAUGCUGGAUCAAAAGACAUCUGAUGCUGAUGGAAAACCUGGCAAGUAUGCAUGUGAGCAACAACUUGCCUUUACGAAGAAAAAUAUAUUACCCAAGGAAAGCCUGUCUAGUUUUAUGCCCGAAAAUUCAGAAUACAAUGAAAAUGAAAUAAUAUCAGUGAAUGGCUCUGGCCCAUCUGAAGAAACCAGUCCUGCGCAGCCUACAAGAAUGAAUAAGAAAAGAAAGUUAGACGGAAUUGAACAAAAAAUACUUAAUACCUUGGAAGCUCCAGAAGACCGCCACCUUUGCUUUUUUAAAGGUAUUAUUCCUUCGCUAGAAAAAUUUAGUGAAGAGCAAAUUAUAGAGUUUCAAAUAGGGGUUUUGAAAGUUUUGCAAAAUGUAAGACAAGGCUUACAGUCUUGGGAACCACCAGAUAUAUAUACAUAACCCCAUUGUAUCACAGAAAUGCAUUGGCAACACUACAACAUUCCUCAGCACCACUGACUAAAUAGAAAGUCAGGAGGAAACAAAAGCCAACAUCAUGAUACUUAACCUCCUCAAACACUUCUGAUAUAUGAGAUAACUCAUCUAUUUUGGUAUAGGUCUCUGUUGUUUAAUUCAGGAUGUACCAAUUCUUACUGUUUUCAGGUAUAUAAUCAUAACUAGGCUACUCUACAGCAUAUGAAUUAAUUUAGUUUUGCUGCUUUUUUUGUCACUAAAUUCAUAUUCAUUCACUUAAAUAAUACUACAAUAUAUGAUAUAUAAUAUCAUAUAUUUUGUUUUGUUGCUGAAUGGGUAUGAUUACAUCUCAUUUUUAAUACUUAUUUUAUUUAGUGAUGUACUGAUAACUAGU